AUGCCAGUUCAAGCAACAGAGGUACUUUCAGAUGAGGAUGUCCGCAACAUCUUGAAUGGGUGGACGGAACUCGACCCGGAACAUGUCGACCUCUACGUCUCGAGCGGCGUGGGCCGGACGCUGAUCCACCUGGAGCGGAGCGGGUUCGAGUGUUCUGAAGAAGAGUAUUUGCUGUGUCCGGAUACAAACAACGAGCCGUCGAAGGCGUAUUUGCAUGGUGGCAACUUCGCGCUGCCUCCUGGAACCCCCGGCCACACUCCGUGGCCAGGUCAUUGCGCGCCGGCUGAUGGAACUGCGUUGGCUCACUUGCCCGCAGAUGUGGAUGCGUCCCCUCCCUUCGCACUCGGUCGGUUCAUCGUCGAGCGGAUCGCCACCGCAGUGGACCUGACGAACGGGACAAGCUUGGACGUGAUUCUUUUGCCGAAGUUGGGGGUGUUCUCCUACAUUUGUAUUGCUGUGCAGGAUUCGCUGCAGUUUAGACGCCGGGGCGUUCUCACGGCCGCGGAUUUCGGCGUUCCUGUCGAGCCUCAGUUGGUCCGCGCAUUCCUCCUUGGGAAUGUCAAGGAGCAUCCGGACAAUCAAGUACACUUUACCAGGUGUUAA